AUGCCUCCCCUUCCCCUCUCCGACCCUUCUCCUUUCCGCCCAUCCACUAUUCACCCUCUCUGCCCAUCCCCGCUCCUUCCCCUCUCCGCCGUCCCCCCUCCCUCGCAAUGCUCCAGGAGGCUCAGCUACACCAGUCUCUCAGGCUCCAUUCCAGAGGCAAUCAGCAGCCUCAAGCAGCUAAGGGAGUUGAGAGUGGUGAUGAGGAAGCCAUGGAAGGUGCUGUGGGAUGAUCAGGUGUGGCCUGAUAGGAACCUCCAAGGCAACAAGCUGAGUGGCACCAUUCCCGCCUGCAUUGCCCACCUCACCGCACUCACCAGCCUGUGCGCCCAUUCUCCCCCCACUCCACCCGCCUCUCCGUCACUUCUUUCCGCCUGCCUUUCUCUGCCAAGCGUUGGGGGUCCGAGAGGCCACCUGUAUGACAACCAGUUGUCAGGAGAGCUGCCCUCCUUCCGUGACAUGCCCCAUAUCGUCGAGGUGUCCACGCGCAACAACUACCUCACAGCCACAGCAGACGCCAACCCCCUUCCAGGCUCAGUCGCAGACUACCCUUACGAUCACCACAUCAUGUGUCUGCUACACCACAACUUCCUUGAAGACAACUCCAAUUUCUGCCUCCCUGGACAGGACCAGAGGAGAGCCAGCGAGUGCCGGGCGUUCUGUGGGGCGCAGCCGCUCACCCCGCCGUGCAGCGGCCAUGGCGUGUGCUCCUUCGAGCCUGAUCGUUCCGAACCCCCGUCUGUUGAACCCAAGGGCCAGUGCGUCUGUGAUGAGGGGUACACGCCAGGGCCGAAGGCUGGCACGUGCAUCUCCCACGGUGGCACUGAGGGGGCUAGAGGUGUGGCUGCAGCCACGGCCACCCCCAGGGCUGCAGUGGCUUUUUUCAACUUUCACCUAGCACAGGGAUCCACCAUGUCUGCAGCAGCAGCGUGGGAGCGCACCAUUCUGAUUGCCCCAAACCUCACUCCUUUUGCCCCCCUGUCCGCUCGCGCGCUUUUACCUCGUCACCGCGCUUCUCUUACGGGCUCGCUGUAUCGCAUCGCUUGGAAUUGGCGCCCCGAGAUUCUGGGUUCAACCGUUGCGAUUUCCCGGCGGCAGCGGCACGGUCGGCGCGGAAGACGGGGAGACGAUCAAAGUUCGUAUCCGCUCGUGGUUUGCUCCACACGGCGCAGCGAUGCGCAGAGCGGCGACGAGGUAGUAGAAAGCGCGGGCGCGCAGCGGCAGGGGGCGGGGGAUGCGGAGGGGGCGGGGGAUGCGGAGGGGGAGGGGGAUGGGGAGGGGGAAUCAGGCGUGCAGUGGGUGGAGGAGCGCGGGUUGCGCCUGCAGGUGCAGGGGUCGUUCUACCGCCGCGAGAGCGCCGUCGGGCGCGACUUGGCCACUCUCGUCGCGUGGCGGGAUGCGCGCUCGCGGAGCGCAGCGGAAGAGCAGCAGCACGCGGAAGGCCAGGCGGAAGAGGGUGCGGUGGAGGAGGCGGUCGCAGGAAUUGAGAGAAGCGCGCAAAGGGAAAGGAGCGGUCGGAGAGGCGCAGAGGCGGAAGGUGCAGGGCGGGGGAUGAAGGAGCAGCAGCGGCGACGGCGGCGGCGGCGGGGGUUUCGGGUUUUGGACGUGCUGAGCGGGAGCGGCGUGCGCGGAGCGCGGUAUUUGUCGCAGGGCGGCGCGACGUUCGUGUGGUGCAACGACGCGUCCGUCGACACACACGCCGCGCUCGUCGCCAACCUGCAAGCCGUCUCUGGCGCCGCCGCUGAUGACGCCGCUGGCGCCGCUGCUGACGUGGAUGCUGCUACAUCCGUCGACGCUCGCCCCGGGAAGAAGGAGGCAGAGGUGGUUGCGGAAGGAGACGUGGAGGGGGAGGAAGAGGCGGAGGAGGACGAGGGCGACCGGCGGUGGCGGAAGGCGCGCGAGAGCAAGUCGGGGAGGGAGACGAGCAGGUGGCGGGUGACGCACGAGGACGGGCUCCGCGUGCUCCACCGCUGCUACGAGGUCCUUCCGCGCCCUGCGCCUCUCUGCGCCUCUCUGCGCCGCACUCCCUUACCGGCUCCUCUCCUCGCUCCCCUUCCCGCUCCCCUCCCGGCUCCCCUCCCCACUCCCCUCCCCGCUCCCCUCCCCGCUCCCCUCGCCGUCCCCUUUCCCUCUCCCUUCUUCAGAACCAUUUUUACAGCAGCACACCCGCCUUCCCAUCUUCCCCCUCUUUCCCCCCCAUCCCUCUCCUCUCCUCCCCCCUCCCUCCCCCCCUGCCAGCAACGGCAAUUCUUCGACCUAGUGGACGUGGAUGCGUUUGGCAGCGACACGCGGUUCAUAGGCCCGGCGCUGGCAGCCACGGCCAGGGGAGGGCUGCUCUACCUCACCGCCACUGACGGCUUCUCCUCCGCCGGCCACGCUCCCUUCCGCGCACUGGCAGCAUACGGCACGUACAUGCGCCCUCUGCCCUUCUGCAACGAGCUGGGGCUGCGCAUGCUGCUGGGGGCAGCCGUGCGUGAAGCAGCCUCGCGCAAGCUGACAGUGGCCCCCGUGUUCUCCCUCUACGCGCCCCACGGGCCUGUCUUCCGCGCUCUCGUGCGCGUGCACCCCGCGUCGCCGCACCAGCAGUGGCAGGGCGAGAACUAUGGAUUCAUCGCGCAUUGCCAUUCCUGUGGGCACUCCAAGGUGCUGGCAUGGGAUGCGCUCGGCUGUGCUCUCUGCAACUGCCUGCAGAGAAAGGGUCAUGUAACGCAUGCUUCUGCUGCUGCUGCUGCUGCCUCCACGUCUCCCAAUUCUCUCUCCUCGUUAUCCCCCCCUUCCUUCGAGAAUCCCUCUAUGGAAACAAGCUCUUCUCCCUCCCAGCAGCAGCAGCAGCAGCAGCAGCAAGUGUCAGGUGGCAUGGAUGAUCAUCAAAUGCUCAGUCAAAUGGGCCUCCGGCGCAUGGUGGUGGUGGGGCCGCUGUGGGUGGGCCCCCUGCACGACCCAAUGGAAUUGCGCCACGUGGCAGAGGAUGCGCGGGUGAGAGGGUGGAAGGCAGCAGGGCGGGUGCUGGAGGUGAUGCAGGAGGAGGCACAGGAGGGAUUGCCUCCGUGGUUCUUUAAGAUGGAUCAUGUUUCGAAGCUUGCUGGCGUACCCACGCCUCCACGUUCAGAGCUUAUGAGGCUGCUGAAGGAGGGUCGUUCUUUCCAAGCGAACCGACGAUAG